GAAGGCCUGUAGCCGAUAGCCCUUGUCUUAACGUUUGUUAACCGAGAGAUCAGUCAGAAAAGACACCUUAACGAGAAGUGUACGCCUGUUUCUGAGGAUCACCGUGUUAGAGAAGACUCAACGCAAACUGUGUCGAUGUUUAAAACAAAAAUAAAAUCCUGUUUGACCAGAAUUUUACACGAAGUUAGCGUCAAGUGUUAGCUCUUGUGAAGACGCUGAAGGAGGCCUUGAGGGAGCGCCUUUUGGAAAGAGACCAAAAUAAAGGAUUCACGGAGUGUGUCUGCAGCUAACGUGGAUUUGGGUUUUUUAUUUAUUUAUUUAUUUUUUCGUAAAAGAUGUCUAAAGUCCAAAUACUGAGAUCUUUUGUGAACCAGAGACUGACUGCGGCUGCUGAGGAGAUAUUUGAGCUGUUUGAAAGGACGAUAGCAGACUACGAGGAGCAGCUCAGUCGAUCGAAAGAGAAUCAACACAAACGACUAAAUGCUGCCAUCGACCCCGAAGACGAGUUACACAGAGCAGGUGUGUACAACGCCCAGCAGCUGAUGGUGAGUAAAGAAGAGGUUUCCCCUGGGCAGCAGGAGAGGGGCCCAAGUCCAGACCAGGAGGACCCACCAGAGCCGCCAAACAUUAAAGAGGAAUGGGAGGAACUCUGGACUCGUGAGGAGGAAGAACAGCUUCAAGGGCCAGAGCAGGCUGAUAUCAUCAAGUUCACAUUCGCUCCUGUCUCUGUGAAGACUGAAGAAGAAGAAGAAGAAGAUGAUGAAGAAGAAGAGGAACCUCAGUCCUCACAGAUCCAUCAGAGACAAACUAAACAGAUGGAAACAGGUGCGGAUAGAGAGGACUGUGUAGGAGCAGAAGAAGCCAAACACUUCCCUCCAGAUAGUCAUUUGCAUCAUGAAACUCAUGACAAGACUUUGCAGUCCUUUGAAUCUGAGACUGAUGACAGUAACUGUGAUUGGGAAGAGACCAGUGAACCUCAGUCUGGUUUCAACGCUCUGCAAAACAAAGAAGUGUCUGUGAGUGAUCCAGAAUAUAACUCUGGAAAUACAUCAUUUAGCUUCUCUGAAAAUGAACAACUGCAGAAACACAAAGGAAUCCAGACGGAAGUCAAACCAUUUAGUUGCUCAGUUUGUGGUAAGAGAUUUCUCCGGAAGGCCUCCUUAACAAAUCAUAUGAGACUUCAUUCUGAGGGGAAACGUUUCAGCUGCCCAGUUUGUAAGAAGACUUUUCAGUGGCGAGGAGAUGUUGUGGCACACAUGAGAAUCCACACAGGAGAGAAACCCUACAGCUGCUCUGUCUGUGGUAUAAAGUUUGCACAGAGCUCAACUUUGUCCUCACACUUAAGAAUUCAUACGGGAGAAAAACCCUUCAGCUGCGUAUACUGCAAAGCCAGCUACAGAUUCAGAAGAAGCUUGAUUAUUCACAUGAGAAGCCAUACAGGAGAGAAACCAUUUUGUUGCACAGUUUGUGGUAAAGCGUUUGGAGAAAGAGGACAUAUGAGGCGUCACAUGAGUGUCCACACAGGGGAGAAACCGUUCAGUUGUUCAGUGUGUGGUAAAACCUUCACACUACAUGGAAACCUGAGGCGCCACUUGGCGGUCCACACGGGGGAGAAACCAUUUAGUUGCUCAGUUUGUGGUCAAAGCUUUGCACAACACGUAACUCUGAGCCGACACAUGACGAUCCACACAGGGGAGAAACCAUUCAGUUGUGAUAUUUGUCAGAAAAGUUUCUCUCGACUUGACUAUGUCAAAAAUCACAAGUGUGUUGGUGAAAGCAGCAAAAGUACAUGAUGCUUGUUAUGCAGAUUAUUCCCAACAAAGUUGAAGAACAGAAGCUAAAAAUAAUGACUCAACAAUGGAUUGUCAAUACUGAAAUACAGACUCGUAAAUGAGUCUUCAUUUAAUCUUUUUAGCCGAGACAAAGCCAUAUUAAUCUGAUUGAAUUUGUCUUGUUCAUUAAGUCAUUUAACAUGCACUCUCUUUAAGCCGUGUGUUUAGUUUACAAAGUCUCUUUUGAAGGAUAGGUUCAGAUUUUUCUCACGUCUUUAUUCAUGUCAAACUAUGACUUUAAAUGUUUGUUAAGAGAGUUGUUUGUUGGUUCGAUGAGUUAUAUAUGCGCUGAGACUGUUUUGAUACAUCAUCGGACCUACAAGUGACCGUCGAGACAUUUUCCUUAUUAUACUCUGACAGUGCCGGAUAAAGACAGAUGGAGAGCACAUGCAUACGGACAGAAGUGCAGACACAGAAACAAUAACAGCACAUUUCAUGAAGCCUUUUGUUACUCUGUGUGACUAUCAGUGAAGUUCUGCUGCAGCCUGGAGUCUCUAACGGUCUCAGCUGUCUCAAAUG